AUGUUAACCGAACCUGGUGUAACAGACGAUCAACUUCCUGUCGCGUACGGCCGACACAACAGCUCCAAUGUUCUUAAAGGCUUCUCGAUCCAGGCCCUAAAACAAGGCAAAAACUUCGCCGUCACUGCUAUCGCCAUACUAGAGCCUCCCGCAUCGCUCGGUAUCGACUUCGAAGUGCUACUGGAGGAUAAUUUCAUCAUGAAAACAAGCGAGAUCAGUGCUCUUGAUGCCAUGCAGCAGCUACUUGAAGAGGUCAAUGAGAAGAUUGACCAGGAAAGGACAGGUAAGCCUGAGAUCGAUCGCGAUAGGCGAUGA